UGCAUGCUCCCGGGAAGGGCCUGUCCCAGUCUGCUGUGCCAUAUCGCCGCAGUGUCCCCACAUGGCUGAGUUGACGUCUGAUGACAUGAAGGAGCAGAUUUACAAACUGGCCAAGAAGGGCCUGACUCCCUCGCAAAUCGGUGUGAUCGUGAGAGACUCUCACGGUGUUGCCCAAGUCUGUUUUGUGAUGGGUAAUAAAAUCUUGAGAAUCCUUAAGUCUAAAGGACUUGCUUCAGAUCUCCCUGAGGACCACUUAAUUAAGAAAGCAGUUGCAGUUCGGAAGCAUCUGGAGAGGAGCAGGAAGGAUGAGGAUGCCAAGUUCCGCCUGAUCUUUAUUGAGAGCCGGAUUCAUCCAUUGGCUCUAUACUAG